UGAAAAGGACGUUCAUUAAUCGAUCGUAAAUAAAUCGAUACUAACAUUUAACUUUAAUUUUUUCUUUUUUCUUUUUAUUCUUCUUUUUUUCGCACGAAUAUCUAAAUAUUCACCAGCUUCAUUCCUUUUCGGACGACAUAUGGAACAAUAGAACAUAUUUCUGUGUAGUGUAAAAAUUUUUUCUGUUAAUAUCAUUGCAUACGCGAUUGUUAACGGUUCAUUCGAUUGAGAAAUACAUAGAAAGGCAUAAAGAAAUAAAAAAAAUAAUAAUAAUAAAAAAGAAAGAAAAAAAGAUGUUUCUUGUGCGAUUGAAGAUACUCGUUCUCGUUCUUAUUUUUAUACUUUUUCUCCCGAAGAUGACAAAAUCUUACCAACUUGAUUUACGACGUUCUUACGACGACGAAUACAUUUCUUUGAUUAUUGACAUUUCCAAAUUACAUGGAACGAAAUCUAUAAUAUUCUUAUAUGCUCAAUCGAUAGAAGAAAUGGAAGUUGUAACUAGGAUAUUCAAAUGGACGCGUGCACUUUCUCGCGAGGGUUUUACAACUUCGAUCAUGCACUUUUCAGAAUUGCAUAAAUCGUCGUCCUACGUAAAACGAAUCGUAAGACCGCAUUACGUACCUGUUAUAACUAAUUACAGAGCGAUUAAUCAGUUCUCCUUAGCAACUAAUAACUUCGACAUGUCUUACGCUGUGUGGCUUGUGAUAUUCAUUAACAAGGGACAUGGUUUCGAUUAUUGUUAUAAUCCACCAGGUAACAUAUUCCAUUUGAAAUUCAACACGGAAAUGUUGGUCCGUUGCGGUACGGAAAAUAUUUUACGUGAAUGGUAUUCGAUCUAUAAGAAUCAAACCGAGAUCAAUGAUUUUGCAACUUGGAGUUUAGAGGAAGGAAUCAUUAAAGUGGUUCCGAAAUCUCUUUACGACAGAAGAUAUAAUUUGCAGGGUUUGAUCAUGAAGACUGUUAUAGUUCAGGAUUCACCGUUCAUAAAUGUAAAGGACGACGACAAAUUGGAUGGCGUAUUCGGUAAAAUAUUCAGAGAAUUAUGUGCGACUCUCAAUUUUAGUUUCGACAUAGUCUCCGAAGUAGAAGAGUACGGAAGUUGGAAUCCUAAAGAAAAAACUUGGUCCGGAGCAAUGGGAGAAUUACAUGCUGGUCGUGCUGACAUUUCUAUUUCAGAUUUUUCUAUGACCAGUGCCAGAUUAAACGUCGUCGACUUCACGUUUCCACUUUUGAUCUCAAGAAACAGACUAUAUAUCCAAGAACCACGGGCAUUCGCGAUUGGAUGGUCGUCUUAUUUUCUAGCUUUCUCUCGUUCGGUUUGGAUAGCCAUGUUUGGAGUAUUGGUUCUUGUGACGAUCUUAUUAAUAUUUGUCAAAAUAAAAAAUGGAACCAAUCGUAACAUAGGACAUUUAUUGUCUGAUGUUAUUUUAGAAAUUUGGGGUAUAUUAUGUCAACAGGGACUACCAGUCUUUCCUGAGAGAUUAUCGUUAAGAAUACCAUAUAUAUCAAUAUUUUUUAUGUCAUUGAUCUUAUUGUCUGCUUAUUCUGCGGCUUUCAUUAGUUUUUUAACGUCCGGUAUCCAUAUUUUACCCUUUAAUUCAUUAGAGGGUUUCACUGAAGACGGUACUUACAAAUUAGCUGUCUCUCGUGGUACAUCUGAUUAUGAUAUAUUUGCAAAUUCAAAUGAUCUGGUUUCAAAAAAUGUAAUGAAGUUGAUGAUAAAAAAACAAAAUUUGCCAGUAUCUAUAUUCGAAGGAUUUAUGAAAAUUUGCGAAAAUCAAAAACUAGCUAUCUACACGUAUGACCGGUUAAAAAAAAGCUUAAGUUUUAAAAUACCAUGUAAAGUGAUUGCCGUUGACACAGGAAUCAUAGACAAUUUAUCUAUAAUUUUAUCUAAACACAAUCCAUUUACCGGAGUCAUAAAUUUUCAAUCCAGCUUGCAGAGAUUUAUCAACAAUGGUAUGGUACAGCGUUUAAAAGAAAGAACAUUUCAAAAGACAUUCAAUGAUAUGCCGAACUAUCUUCAACCAGUUUCCUUAACAAGCAUAAUGUCUCUUAUUUUCUUCAUUCAAAUUGGAAUCAUUUUGAAAUUUGAUUUGAAUGCGAAGAGAAAUAUGAAAAAUAUUGUAAAUUAUCACGCGAAUCUCUAA